GCGUCAGUUACCGCAAGGAGAAUCUUAGGCCGGUGCAGUGUUGUGAUUGGCUGUUGAACAUUUUGAGUUUGAAUUUGUCACCGGUGGCGGGUGUUGGGAAGUGUGGGUGGUGACUUAAGGAUUAUUAUUGUGAUGGACGUUUACCAUAAAUUGGAAAAACUUGGCGAAGGCACAUACGGUGUUGUAUACAAAGGGAAACAUAAGACAACUGGACAGUUAGUUGCAAUGAAGAAAGUGCGCCUUGAAAAUGAAGACGAAGGUGUUCCAUCAACAACCAUCAGAGAAAUAUCCCUUCUUCGAGAACUGGUACAUCCAAAUAUUGUGAAGCUGGAAGAUGUAAUAAUGGAUGAAUCAAGAGUCUACUUAAUUUUUGAGUACAUGUCAAUGGACCUGAAGAAAUAUCUGGAUAGUUUAGGUCAAGGCAAUUAUUUGAAGCCAGACAUGAUGAAGGCUUUCUUAUAUCAGAUGAUUUUGGCAAUAUUAUUCUGUCAUAAACGCCGUGUCUUGCAUAGAGACCUGAAGCCACAAAAUAUAUUGGUAGAUGGAAAUGGCAUUUUGAAAAUUGCAGACUUCGGUUUGGGCAGGGCAAUUGGUAUACCUCUGAGAGUAUUUACUCACGAAAUAGUAACAUUGUGGUACAGAGCUCCUGAGGUGUUGCUUGGGGCAAACAAGUAUUCUUGCCCAAUAGACAUGUGGUCUAUUGGUUGCAUAUUUGCUGAAAUGGCGUCAAAAAAACCUUUGUUUCAAGGCGACUCUGAAAUUGACCAACUGUUUAGAAUAUUCAGAGUGUUAAAAACACCAACAGAAGAAAUAUGGCCUGGUGUUACACAGUUACCAGACUAUAAACCAACUUUUCCGAACUGGGUACAAUAUAACCUGAAUAGCCAUGUGAAGAAUAUUGACAACGAUGGAUUGGAUUUGCUUAAGAAAUUACUGGUCUACAGUCCGCCUGAUAGACUAUCUGCAAAACAGGCCAUAAGGCAUACAUAUUUUGAUAAAAUGGACAUGUCCAAAGUACCGACGACUACUGCGUGAGAAUUUAUAUUUAUUCGAGGAGUCCAGGAAAUUUUAUAGAGAAGAAUGUCAAAUCAUUUUACUUUGUGAAUAUUUCCUAACCAUUCUGUACUUAGCUGUGUACUAUAGCAACCACAUAAAAGCAUGUCAGGAGUGAACUGUUCUUCAAAUUCAAAA